UUACAUUUUCUUCUUUUAGGUAAUAUCAAAAAUCUAAAAAAUGUUUGGACCUCGUUUUAAUGAGCAGAAAUUAAAAGUAAACCUUAACUUGGUCGUUACACGGCUAAAGUUAAUGGAAAAGAAGAAAACUGACUUGGCCAUGAGGGCGCGUCCUGAAAUCGCCGAGUAUGUAAAGAUUGCCAAAACUGAUCGAGCAAGAGUUCGUGUUGAACACAUUAUAAGAGAGGAUUAUCUUGUAGAGGCCAUGGAGCUUGUUGAGAUGUAUGCUGAUCUACUCAUAGGCAGGGUGCCACUUAUGAAGCAAUCCAAAGCACUGGAUGACAGUUUAAAGACUCCCAUAUCUACUCUCAUAUGGGCAGCACCUAGGUUAACCCAAUAUUGCCAAGAGUUAAAGAUUGUGCGUGAUCUGUUGGGUGCUUAUUAUGGUAAGAAAUAUGUAGAGGCUUGUUUAAGUAAUCAGGUUGGGACUGUGUGUGAUAAGGUGAUGGCAAAACUAGACCCAUCGCCACCAAAGAAAAGCCUUGUUGAAAACUACCUGGUUGAAAUCUGUAAGGUUGCGGAUGUACCCUUCACUCCAGAUGCUCGAGUAAUGGCUGAAGACAUUGCGAAAAUCGAAGGAGUUGAUACAGAUUUUAUGGAUUUUAAUAGUGACUUUCCAGGUGCACCACCUUCAAAUUUUGGUGGUUCUAGUGGUGGUUGUGGUGGAGGGCAAAUAGCAACACCACAGUUUAGCUACCAAGCAGCAACGGCAUCUACACCCAUAGGUGGAGCAUAUGGCGGUCCUGCUGCUGCCGUUUACAAUGAUCCAGCUGCAACAUUCACCACACCACAACCACCUACUUAUUCGGCAACUGAUCCAUACAGAGCACCAGAUAACUAUCUUCCACCAGAUGAGAAACAAGCUCCUCCUCUUCCAGGAAAAGGUCCGGUUGGGUCUCCGGAAAAAAGCGACUUAUCCAAAGAUCCCUCAGGAGUUUCACCCCACCUACCCCCAUACAAUGGAUCACAAGGACCAGUCCCUGCACCUCGAAGUACAACCCCCAACUUUCCAAAUCUGCCAUCUGUUCCAACCAAUAUUCCAGGUAACAGUUUACCAUCUGCUCCUGUGGACAACAAUGAUGAUGACGAUGUGAAUUUCGAUGAUCUGUCUCGAAGGUUUGAAAACCUCAGAAAGAAAACAUAAUUUAAUACCACAGUCCAAAACAGGAACUAUAGUUUUACUCCACAACAUACUAGUAGUAGUGGACAUGCGUAUGUGAACGUUUAUAUAUAAAUAUUGUACAGGUAGAAUGAAACUUGUCCGUGCCGUUUAUAUUUGCCAUUGAUACAUAUUUUUUUUAUCAAACAUUAAUUAUCAGAUUUGAAACAAUAUAAAACUGAAACAGCUAAUUUGUGUCUCUGGGCCUUUGAAUUGGUAAAACUACCAAGAUAUCUUCAUACUUGCACUUACUAGUAUAAAACGCUGCAUGUUCUAUAUGCAAUAUUCUGUGCUGAAUGCGUGAAAGCAGUAAAAUUAAGUUUAAUCCA